UAACUCUCCAUUCAAAAUGAAGCGCAUUCAUGUGGAUAACUAUGCGCCGAAGUACUACAGCGGCAAAUGGUCUUGGGACACUGAAAAGGAUUGCCUUCACUUCGAGGCCCACAAUGACCUGGAGAACGCCAGGGAGCGCUUCAUUACCACCAACGGUUACAAGUUUCUGCGCACUAUGGACCAGGAGGAGGAGCUCAUCUUCCGCCAGGAGUAUGUGCGUCCGAAGAGCAACAACAGCGAUACUGUGGUAAUUCGAGACAUACGAGAUCUCGUGCUCUACCUGAUGCCUCAGGAGUUUCUAUCGUACAAGUUCGUUAACUUCAUGCACACGCCGCAAGUUCACGCCCUGCUCCACUCCCUGAUAAUAUACUUUGAGUACUAUUUGCGCCUUGUGGAGUUCGUGCUGAUUCGUCGCGAUGAACUCUCGGGUCAGAUGGCGCAAGUCCAAAGCGCGCAGACCAACGACAUGAAGCAGACCUUUUCCGUUUAUCUGAGCCAGUACCGAUUGCUCGUGGCUCGCAACUACUGUUUAAUCAUCGGCGGCGAAGGCGAUAUGGCCAAGUUCUAUCACAUGAAACCGAUUUCAAACAUCUCGGCCACGAUCCACGACAAGUACUUCCAUGAGCACUUUCUGGCCGUGGCCAUCCAAAUAGUCUGGAUUUGCUUGCAUCGCAGGGCUUAUUUCAUCAUCGAAAUGGAGAUGAAUCGUCUGUUCCGCUCGGAACACUUUGUUUCUGCCCGUCCGGAGUACCUCCACUUCACGCCAGCGGAGCGGAGUCUCCUUUACGGCAGGAACAAGAAGAACUUUAACUAUCGUAUCCAGGAUUCGCCUUUGAUCCAGGAGCUAAAGCUGGUUCUCGAGGAGGACAUGCCCAUCCUGUGGAUUGGGGAACGAAAGUACAGGGGCUCCGACCCUCGCAUUGCUCAGAUGGAGCUCGAGUAUAUAACGCCCGGAUCGCAACUCUCGCUGAUCGAUAUUUCCCAUGGAAUUCUGGGACAUCCGAAGAAGCUCUACAACACACUUCUCAGCUUGGACUGGCCGGCUGUGCGUUUCUCCAACUUUUCCGAGCAGUACGACCCGUAUCACAUCAUCAGGCGACCCUUCCUGGAAAUUCCGCAGUUAGGGGAACUCAAGAUCCGGCAGAUGAGCGAGAAGUAUGAGCACUUCUACGAGCUCAGCAGGAUCUUUGAGGUCUGCACCCCUCAGCACAUUAGCAAGUGGGUUAGACGCACCAGCCACAUCGAGUUCUUCAAGUCCGGCGGUCUGCUCACCAACGUGGUUUCGCGCUGCGAAAAGGAGCUGGCCAGCUCUUCUAAAGGACCACGGGUAGAUCAGAUCAUCGCAAACUACUUUAAAGUUAUGUCCAAGAUCCGCAAGGACGAUAAAGAAGGAGAUAGGGAGAGCAUUACAACCUUGCGCGCUGGAAGUGUUGUAUCGCGCGUGAGUUUAUCCAGAGCUUCAAGGAAAACUUUAUAAUAACUUUGUACCUCUAUCGGUAUAUACAUAUAUACUUUCAUAACGUUCGUAUUGUACCACUUCCACGAAUGUGUCUGAGUAUGUUUUACAAAGACUGAAGAGCCUGUUAUCUGAAGAAGAUAUUAAACGCAAUAAAAACGAGGGUCAAUAUAGAAAAAAUUUAUUUUGGUACCGCCAAUCUUAAAACUUAAAACUAUAUCAAUUUAUAUAUGUA